UUGCUUCCAUUCGCGGUCCAGGACUCUUUCGCCGGUGUCAGCGAACCCUCCGGGUGUCAAACACCUCUAACCGCCCGUAUCCGAACAGAACGUCGACGAGCAAACAUGGAAAACAGUCCCGGUGGUGGUGUCAUCUUGUACGCCGGCUCAUCUGGCAGUGCCAGUCCCAGCCCUGGCAGUCCUUCAAGUGGAUACCAGACCCAGUCGCCGUCUUCCCACUCGCAGCCCUCGUCCCCCGAGGGUGUCUCCUUUCAGGAGAUCGGAGCCGUCAAGCAGAGAGGCGAACAAGGGGCAAGGACCGCUUCCCCCAAAAUGGUCUUUCAGUUUCCUGAAGUGAACAGCGCUCCAGUCGCCCCAAUUACCGCCGUCUCCCAGGCCGCCUACAGCCAUCCCACAGUGGCUAAAAGGCCGUGUGGUUUCACCGGCACGUUCACCAAGACCGGAGGCAUGGUGCUGUUGUGUAAAGUGUGUGGAGACAUCGCAUCCGGGUUCCACUACGGCGUCCACGCCUGCGAGGGCUGCAAGGGUUUUUUCAGACGCAGCAUUCAACAGAAUAUCCACUACAAGAUGUGUGUGAAGAAUGAGAACUGCCUCAUUAUGCGCAUGAACAGGAACCGGUGCCAACACUGCCGCUUUAAGAAGUGUCUGUCCGUGGGAAUGUCCAGAGAUGCUGUGCGUUUUGGGCGGAUUCCCAAGCGGGAGAAGCAGAGGCUGCUGGAUGAGAUGCAGAGCUACAUGAACAGUCUAAAUGAAUCUGCUUCCAUGGAGAUGGAGGUGUCCUCUCCUCCCGAUGCCCCUUGCAGUCCGCAAAACCCCGCUAACGAUGGAGCUGGCUCCAUACUGCAGCCGUACCGCUGCGAGGAGAAACCGCUCAAAAUGGCGUCCGGCGCUUCGUCCUUCAGGAGCGCCGCGGCGCAGGAAUCCGCCAUGUCCAACAGGUCGGCCCAGACGCAGCAAACGGCUCAGGCCGAGCAGGCCAACCUGGCCAGGAGCUACCCCCCCACCAGCCUCCCCGGCAGCGAGAGCGCCAACACAAACGUCGACAACGCCAAGUACACCUUCUCCUCCAACCAGAAUCGGUGUCCAGUCAGUGGCAGCCGGUCAUCUCACACGUACGCAGCCAAUCAGAACAGCUUCCAAGGAACUGACUUCCAAAACCAAAAUUCCUGCCCCUGGAAGCUGAACGGAGGAUCCAAAGUACUGGCGUGUCCUCUAAAUUCAUGUCCGGUGGCUCCGGCCAGUCGCUCCAGUCAGGACGUGUGGGAGUCGUUUUCCCAGUGCUUCACGCCCGCGGUCAAAGAGGUGGUGGAGUUUGCAAAGAGCAUCCCGGGCUUCCAGUCCCUCAGCCAGCACGACCAGGUCAUGCUGCUCAAAUCCGGCACCUUCCAGGUUCUCAUGGUCAGGUUCUGCUCGUUGUUUGACCCCAAGGAGAGGACGGUGACUUUCCUGAAUGGACAGACAUACUCGCUGGCAUCGCUGAGAGCUCUCGGCAUGGGCGUCCUAUUGGACGCCAUGUUUGACUUCAGUGAGAAGCUGGGGUCUUUAGGCCUGGAGCCCGAUGAGAUGGCGCUUUUUAUGGCUGUCGUACUGGUGUCUGCCGACCGCUCCGGCAUAGUGGAGGUCAGAGCAGUGGAGCAGCUGCAGGAGAAUCUAAUAAAAGCCCUGCGGUCACUCAUCACCAGUCGCCGGCCGGACGACAGCACGCUCUUCCCCAAGCUGCUGCUGCGUCUGCCCGACCUGCGCACCCUCAACAACCAGCACUCCGACAAGCUGCUAGCCUUCCGUAUAGACCCCUGA